AUGUCACUAAAAACUAGCAAAGUACCUCAGAAAUGGAAAUCCGCUAAUUUAUUACCACUCCCUAAAGAAUCACCAUUAAAUUCGUGUAACCAGUUAAGACCAAUCUCUCUGACGGACAUCAUCAUGAGACUAUUCGAGAAGUGCGUGUAUAAAUCUGAAAUCGCACCUAUCACAAGAAAUAACAUUGGUCCUGACCAAUUUGCUUAUAAAAAGGGUCACAACUCGACUAUGGCCCUGAUUAAAUCCCAACAUCAAUGGCUAGAGUGGCUGGAUAAAAACGCUAAUUAUGUUAGAGUGCUGUCGUUCGAUUUCAGCAAAGCAUUUGACAGUGUGCCCCACGAUCUUUUGUUUGAAAAAGUUAAAAAGCUACCCAUUAAUCCGUAUGUGGUGAACUGGUUAAUUAGCUUUCUAGAAAAUAGAAUACAAAGAGUAAUGGUUGAUGGAAUGGUUACAGAAUAUUUAUAUAUUAAUCGUGGUGUCCCUCAAGGUACUGUUUUAGGCCCAGUUCUUUUCUCAAUAAUGGUUGAUGAUAUUAAAACUGCUGAUCCUAGUAAUGCGUUAGUCAAAUUUGCUGACGAUUUGACGUUAGGAGUGCCUGGCAACGAAAGUGGUGACACAUCUCGAUCUGAAGCUGCCUGUUUACAGGAUUGGGCGGAAGAGAAUAGAAUGCCCUUAAACUUGGAAAAAACGUACGAAAUGGUUGUUCGCAGACACACCUCUGUAGUUUUGCCCGAGCUUAUCCCUUCAAUUAAGCGAAAAACAUGGCUAAAGCUUUUAGGAGUUACUCUACAAGAUAACCCGUGCAACUGGGAUUUGCACUUUGAAGAAAUGCUCAAAAAAGCAAGUGGACGAAUGUACAUUAUGAGAGUUUGCAAAUACUAUGGACUAUCAAUUAAACAAUUAGAUAUGCUGUUUGAUAGCCUAAUUAUGUCGAUAUUCACUUUUGCUAUUGAGCUGUGGGGUUGUGCAUACGACGGUAAAUAUUUGAACCAAAUAGAUAAAUUCAUUAAACGUGCACAUAAGAAUGGUUAUAUAUCAAAACGAACACACAUUAAAGAAAUACGUGAUAAGAGAGAUAAGAAACUGUGGAACAAAAUAACAUCAACUGAGAACAAUGCACUGCUUGAACUGCUGCCGGAAAAAAGAAGUAGGUUACUUAGGCCUAGAGGGCAUGAGUAUGAACUCCCCCUAGUGAGAACAGAAAGAUUCAAAAGGUCGUUCAUAAAUCGUUGUCUGUAUAACUUUGUUUAGACUUUAAUCUAUUUAGACUUUAAUCUAUUAAAAACUUUUUAAAACUUUUUACGCUUCUUAACUUACAAUUGUAAAUAUAACUAGAUCAAUUACCUUUCGAUUGUAAACUCAGACGGAUGUAUCUGAGUAUUUUAAUAAAGACUAUUAUUAUUAUUAUUAUUAUUAUUAAACCUGUCUUCGCAGACGUCCGCCUUUAUUACCAGCGAAUCAAAAUUCACCAUCGUUUGAUCCGCUUAUCCGUUCAAGACCUCAAGCUCGCGCGAAAUUGUAG